AUGGCAUCUCCCGAAGUCCACCACCUCUUCCACCACCCCGUGGCCGACCACUCCUUCUCUGCCGACCGCAAGAUCCUCGCCGUUGCCAAGGAUUCCGCCAUUGAAUUGUACGGAAAGGUCGGCGGCGCUUUCAAGCUCAAGGAUGAAUUGAAGGGCCACGACAAGACCAUCACUGGCGUCGACAUUGCGCCCAACAGUGGUCGUAUUGUAACAUGCUCCCAGGAUCGUAACGCUCUAGUUUGGGAGCCCUCCCCGACCGGUUACAAACCCACCUUGGUUCUACUCCGCAUUGCAAGAGCUGCUACAUGCGUACGUUGGUCGCCGUCCGAGACAAAGUUCGCCGUCGGCUCUGGUGACCGGGUCAUCGCCAUCUGCUACUUUGAGGAGGAGAACGACUGGUGGGUAUCCAAGCAUCUGAAGAAACCAAUUCGCAGCACCAUUACCAGCGUUUCUUGGCACCCCAACUCAGUCUUGUUGGCUGCCGGCUCGACUGAUGCUCACGCGCGAGUCUUCUCGGCAUUCAUCAAGGGUGUUGAUGCCCGUCCAGAGCCCAGUGCUUGGGGCGAGCGUCUACCCUUCAACACCGUGUGCGGCGAGUUUCUCAACAAUUCCGCCGGAUGGGUCCAUUCAGUUGCCUUCUCCCCAUCUGGUAACGCACUCGCAUUUGCUGCUCAUGAUAGCAGCAUCACUGUCGUGUAUCCGUCUGCCCCCGACCAGCCGCCCAGCGCAGUCAUCAGCGUAAACACGCAAUUACUCCCCUUCCAGAGCCUCAUCUGGAAUGGAGAGGCUGAGAUCAUCGCUGCUGGUUAUGAUUGCGAGGCUUUCAGAUUCAAGGGGGAUGGCUCUGGCUGGCAGAUUGCCGGUACUCUGGAAUCCAAGGGACGCCCCGGCUUGGGCGAUGCUCGAGAAGAGUCUGCCUUGAACAUGUUCAAACAAAUGGAUCUGAAAGGCAAAGUCAAAGACGACACUCAGCUUAAGACAGUUCACCAGAACACUAUUUCCACCAUCCGUGUCUACGAAUCCGAUGGUAGUUCUGUAACCAAGUUUAGCACGAGUGGUGUUGACGGAAGGGUAGUCAUCUGGGAUGCUUAG